AUGGCCAAACAAGUAACUGGUAAAUGUGUGACCUGCAAGAAGCUGCGAAGACAACCGCUGGAGCAAAUGAUGGGACAGAUUCCGAGACUGCGCGUUGCAGCAGGUUUCCCAGCGUUCAGCUACACAGCAAUUGACAUGUGUGGACCUCUGCAAAUGCGAAUUGGCCGGAAAACACUGAGGGAAGCACAAGUAAUCAUAUUUACAUGCAUGACUACAAGAGCUGUCCAUCUAGAGCUCGUGACAGACAGAAGCACAGAUACCUUUCUCAUGGCUUUUCGACGAUUCGCCUCACUCAGAGGGUAUCCCAGUAACUGUUGGUCGGAUCGAGGUACGACCUUUGUAGACGCACAAAGUUAUUUGAACGAAAUAUUGCGAGGCUGGGACAUCCCCAAAAUUCAAAGUGUCUUAUCAGGUGAAUUUUCAUGCUCUUUCCACUGGAAGUGGAACAUACCACGAGCUAGCCAUCAAAACGGAGUGGUAGAAAGUCUCAUCAAAUCAGUAAGACAAGCCUUAGACGCUUCAUCAAAGAAUCAAACCUUUACAGAGGAACAGUGGAGAACGUAUCUGGCAGAAGUGACCUAUUUGAUCAAUGGGCGUCCCCUCUAUCCUAGCUCUGUCGAGAUCUGGGAAAAUCCGCCUGUCACGCCUAACGACCUCUCAAUCGGUCAACUCUUUCCACCUCCCGUGCCGGAGCCAGAACAGAGAGUUAACCCAAGCCACCUCAUGCGAAGCACUGAGAAACGAGUACAAGAGUUCUGGAGUUGUUGGAUGAAAUAUUUUGCGCCAAAUUUACUGCCAAGGAACAAGUGGUUCAAGAAACGAGAAAACCUCCAAGAAGGAGACUUGGUGUUGGUGAUGGAGCCCACCCCGAGGAGAUCAUAG